AUGGCCUCUGUGCUCAUCACCGGCUCUUCGCGCGGCCUGGGCCUGGCACUAGUCCAACAACUCCUCGCUCUCCCCCCAACAACCAUCGGAACCAUCUACGCAACAUCACGUAGCGUCUCCCCUCCCGAUGCCCUCUCAAAGCUCAUCUCCUCCUCUGGAAACAACCGCCUAAAACACGUGCAACUCGACGUCACGGACCCCGCCAGCGUCACCGCCGCAGCAACUCAAGUCUCCCAACUCAGUGACGGCCGUGGACUGGACAUCCUAAUCAACAAUGCAGGCACUCAAUCCGAACGGCACGGCAGAACAAGUGCCAUGUCUCUAUCCGAUUUUGAGUUUACCAUGCGGUUAAACGUGACGGGUGUGCAUCUCGUCACAGCCGCUUUCUUGCCUUUACUCAAAGCCGCAAAGGGCAGAAAGAUAGUAAAUAUCACCAGCACCCUCGGCUCAAUAGGGUGGUCCCACAAAUCCGAUAUUGCGUCCGUACCGGCGUAUAAAGUCUCGAAGGCGGCGUUGAAUAUGUUGACGGUGCAAUAUGCGUCUGAACUCGCGGCACAGAAUUUCACGGUGUUUGCGAUUAGUCCCGGUUGGUUGCAGACGGAUCUGGGAGGCGGGUAUGCGCAUUUGAGACCUGGGGUGGGUGCGAGGGAGGUGGUGAGGAUUAUGUUGGAGGCCACGCCGGAGGAGGAUAAUGGCGUGUUUAGGGAUAUUUGUGUGGAGGGGUUUGGGGGCACGUAUUCGGGGGUCAAUCCGCCGUGGUAG